GCAGCACUUCUACGCCCGUCACGUCCAUCUCGUCCGCGAACUCGUCGUCUGUCUGCUUGUCAACCCACACGUUAUCCACUCCUUUACUGAAAGACACUCUUGACAAUGGCUACUGCGUACUACGAGUUCUACCGCGGCUCUUCAAUCGGCAUGGCCCUCACGGACUCGCUUGAUGAGCUCAUUACGAGCGGUGCGAUCACGCCGCAGCUUGCUAUGAAGGUUCUCCAGCAGUUUGACAAGUCCCUUGCGGACACUAUGGUCAAGCAGGUAAAGACGAAGACUACAUUGAAGGGCCACUUGCACACGUACCGCCUGUGCGACGACGUGUGGACGUUCAUCGUGAAGAACCCACAGUUCAAGAUGGAGUCGAACGAGGUCGUCUCCGCGCCGAAGAUCAAGAUCGUGGCUUGCAAGAACGGCGACGCCAUCGAGGCCGGCAAGAAGUAACGCCCCUCACCCCAAGCCUCUCCCCGUGUACCAUACCGGUGGUGCACUCGUUGCAUCACCCCACAUCCCUGGUCCUUCACUCGCAUCCGCACGACCGCUGGCGCCGGAUAUCCGCUCACCCGUGUAAUUGUACCCUGCACCCUAGAACCAGCCCUCGAAGGACCCGUAAUCGUCGCGCUCUCCAUUGUAUUUGCUGUUCUUCAGAAAAUUUGACACCGCAUUCGUCUGUGU